UUGAAAGACACAAUGGUGACAGCGGUACUAAUGAUUGUAUCAAAUGGCGAGCACCACUAUGUGAACACGGUGUCCAAAAGUAAAUGGGCGCCAGUGGCAUUUAGUACAAAAUAAUCAACGAACAAAUAAACGGAUACCAUCCGACCAGCUGGAUUUUCCAAUCACAGUGUAAUAAGUGAAAAGUGCGUGCGACAAGAUUCGGUACUUUUACGUAGUGCUCACGUAUGUACGUGUAACACACAGUGGCGGCAAGCAAGCGAGUUCCCUUAAUGAAAUCAACUAAAAAUUUGCUAAUAAAUGAUGCAGAGUUGUUAGAAUCUAUUAAAAUUUGGCUAUAAUAUAGGGAUACAUUCAAACAUAAAUACUUGUGUGGUAGUCUCAGUGGUGGAUGUAUCUAGUGUUCAACUGAAGUAUUUUACUCAAUCAAAUUCGGCUUACCAAUAUUCUCAAUCAGAAUGGUCUAAAAAAUCUGUGAUAAAAUUGGUCAAGUUCGUGCUGAUAGUACAUAUUUAUUUUAUUUAAAUUUAACGGGUUAAAUUCACUUGAACCAGAUACAGAAUUUACAAAAUGUACUUCAGUUGUCGCCAAAUUACUUGUGAUAGAUGGACGUGGUCCUCCAUUCAUAACAUUUAAGUUAGUUAUUAAUUAGCAAAUAUUAAUAUCAUUACAAAUAAAAUAGACGUUUAAAUAUAACCGAUUUUUAACAUAGAUGUUUUCCAAUAAAGCACAAAUCGAUCCUUUUUAUUACUUAAUACGUUGAUAAUUGCAUAAAAAGCGUAGAACAGAAACAGCUAACUAUAUUUUCAUGCAAACAAUCAAAUAAACGUUUUUAAGUGAGUUUUGCCUUGCAAAAUCUAAAAAUAAAGUGUCACUAUAUGCUUUAAAUUUUUGCACAGUUUAAAACGAAAGUCGAGUGAUGUAGAAAUUUAGAAAAGGCAAUUAUUAAAAGUGAAUAUAUGUGUAAAUUAAUUAUAUAAUUGAAAGUUUUGCAAUAUUUCGUGUAAAGUGGACAACGAUCUCGCCGUCGUUAAGUUGUCGGGCCGUACCAAUAUAAUUAUUGACGUUGGGGAGAACGACGGCGACGUUGGGGAUUACAACAAUCAACAACAACACAACAGACGUGAAAUUCAAUUAACAAUAGCCACACAGGAAGAUUUCCCAUCGCCGCCGCUGACACACUCCGAACAGCAGCAACAGUGGCAAUUUCUGAAAAUUCCCUCUAUAUAUGAACAUAGCUCGCAUUCAUAUUUCGACCAAUAUCAAGCACAUCAAGGCCAACAACCGUUUUAUAACCAUUUUUAUACUCAUGAAAAUUUGGCACAAACGUUAUAUCAACGAAAACAGUCACCUGUAACACAAUCGUAUGAGCACAAUCAACAACAUUUUACAUAUUAUCGACAACAACAGCAACAUCAACAAGUCACACAUCAAAAACUGAAAUUACUCGAAAUGUUUGCAAUACAACCAACACCAUCAAUGGGAGCUGUCAUCUCGCCAUGGUCGGGCACAAUGAUCGAUCGCAUACCUUCACUCGAUGAUAUGUCACACAAAGCAAACAAAGGGAUACAUUUACAUAGAAUCAUCGAUAAUAUCGUCUUCUUUUAAAGGAAGUUCGACUAUUUGAUCUUCAGAUUCAGAUGCUGAUGGGGUUACAUUUAUGUCAAUCAGUCUUUGCCCGAUAUUGUUGAUGCCGUGUGCAAUAAACGAAAUGUGUUUUUCACUGCCGAAUUCACUUUUAAUAGCUCCCUUAAUAUUGGAUCCUCCGUCAGAAACAAAUGCAGCGAUUUUCUUAUCACUUAGAUCCCAGCCAUAAUAUAUGAUAAUGUUAUUGCGAUGAGAAACCUACCGUGUUUGGGUGUUGGUGUCGGUAGUAAUAAUAGUAGCAGCACCAUCGGCGUCGGCAGUUUCAGCGGCGUUAGUGUCGGCGGUGGUGUAGGUGGUGUUGUCAGUGGCGGCGUUGGGAACGGUGGUGUCGGCGGAAUCAGUACGGGCAAAUCAGUUGUGGCUGCCGCCGCUGCUGCUGCUUUGGAUGCAACAACUUCCACAGAAGCGCCAUCAAUAAUACCACACGCAACGCCGUCAUAUUUCGCAACAACCUACUACCACCUAAGUGAUGAUGAAUGUCACAGCGGUGUAAAUCAGUUAGGUGGCGUAUUCGUGGGCGGACGCCCACUACCUGAUUCUACACGACAAAAAAUCGUUGAGUUGGCCCACUCAGGAGCACGACCUUGUGAUAUAUCGCGCAUAUUGCAAGUUUCUAAUGGCUGCGUCAGUAAGAUUUUGGGCAGAUAUUAUGAAACUGGAAGCAUCCGACCACGAGCUAUAGGUGGUUCUAAACCACGUGUAGCCACCGCGGAGGUUGUAAGUAAGAUUUCACUUUACAAACGCGAAUGCCCUAGCAUUUUUGCGUGGGAGAUACGCGACCGGUUGUUGCAGGAAGGCAUUUGCACCAACGAAAAUAUACCUAGUGUUUCCUCUAUAAAUCGAGUACUGCGCAAUCUGGCCGCUCAAAAGGAACAACAGCAACAGCAAAGCUCGCUCCUUACAAAUGGCAGUAACAGCAAUGGGGGCAGCGCAAGCAGUGCUAAUAGCAACCCGAAUACAACCAAUCCAACAGGCAGCACGAGCGCCAGCGGCUCACUGGGCGGUUCUAGCGGAGGCAGCGGUGUGAAUAUGCAGUUACGGACCACUCACACACCUCUAAACUCUGAUGGCAGCGUGGGGAGCAGUGUAGAUGAUGGCGAUGCCUCUGCGAAUAGAAGCUCUGUUGUUAGCGGAGCGAUUAGAGAUACCACCACAGAUGCUAUGUAUGAUAAGCUUCGCCUACUAAAUGGCCAUCGUCAACUUGGGGGCGUCGGCUCAUUGCAUCCAUCUACAGUCAUUUCAGCACCGACGGAGGCUUCGGGCCCAGCGCUCCUACAUAACCUUCAUCCUCCACAGCAGAUGCAACCGCAACUUCAUCACCAUCAUCAUUCGGUACAACCAAACACGCAUCCGCAGACUCAUUCUCAUAUGCAGGUUUCGACAACUACUCUACCGCCUCAAUCGCAUACCGCAAAUACGUUAGCGCUCACACAUCACCAUCCUCAACAUGCUGUGGUUAAUCAGUGUUGGCCCCCACGCCACUACUGUGCCUCAUGGUACUCACCUCCUUUAAGUGGUGGACUUUCCAAUGGAGCUCUGCCCAGUGGCGCAAAUAGCGUCGGUAGUUCUGCUAUGUCAACACCCUCUAAAAUUUUGACCUCAGCCUUUGCAACAGGUGUACAACCGCUGAGUCCGCAUAGUGGCAGUGGAAUGGCAAAUGGAAACACCGGCAAUGGCCAUAAUGGCAGUUUAUCGUCAGCGCAACGCAACAGCUGCCCAAUAAGCGAUGACUUAAUGCUGAAAAAAGAACUCGAUGGUCAUCACUCAGAUGAAACCGGUUCGGGAGAGGGUGAGAAUUCCAAUGGUGAUAUGUCGAAUGUAGGUGCAAAUGAUGACGAUCAAGCUCGGUUAAUACUUAAACGCAAACUACAGAGGAAUCGCACUUCGUUCACCAAUGAGCAAAUUGAUAGUUUAGAAAAAGAAUUCGAACGCACCCAUUAUCCUGAUGUUUUUGCGCGUGAGCGGCUGGCUGGUAAAAUUGGUUUGCCAGAGGCCCGAAUACAGGUUUGGUUUUCUAAUCGACGCGCUAAAUGGCGACGUGAGGAAAAAUUACGUAAUCAGCGCCUAACACCCAGCUCAACUGGCGCUGGCUCAUCUAUAUCUGCCACCUCCGUCACAGACAGUCCCAACAGAAGCAGUAUGAACGGUAGCGGCGGCGCCACGGUAGUGCCAAGUGGAACACGUCUUUUUUUUGAUUAUUUCGGCUAUGCUACGCCAACAGAUGCAGUGAUUCCAGAUGGCGUAAUGUCCACCCCCCCAUUAGCUAAUAACUCAGUUUCUACAGGUGCUGUAACGGCUGCUGCAUCAGUGGCAGUACGUACUUCUAUUAGGGUUAGUGGAGCUGGCACCCCUGAUCAUCUUGGAGGAGGACAGCAGUCAUCAUCAGGUAGCAGCAACGCCAGCGGUACAAGUAUUACAAAUUUGGGAGGUGGACAUUCCGGUGAUCGUAAUAAUACAGGAAUGAUGGGACUAAGUCCAGCCGGGAGCUCUGGAUGUGCUCCCAUUGGACCAGUGCAUACAUAUCAUGCGGCGCCACAUCAUGUACACCCUCAUUUAGAUGGUUCCAUUGUGCCGUCGAUAUCGCCUCGGCUUAAUUUAAAUAACGGAUUUAGCAGCUCUAUGGGGACUAUGUACCCAAUACAUCAUCACUCCACGACGGCUAUGAGUGAGACCUAUAGUUCAAUGGCGUCUAUGUCAUCCUUCACGCAUCCCUCAAUAUCACCGAUGCCCGGAUCACCAAUGUCUCAGCAACGUGAUCUAACACCGCCCUCACUGUAUCAGUGUCAUAUGUCGCUUCGUGCUCCCCUUCCACCACCUCCGCAUCAUCAUGCAGUGAUUGGGAGUUUCGGAAUACCCUCUGCGAGCGGUGGACAUGGUAGUAACAGUGCAAUGAUUGGGAGCGGUAGCACUAGCUCAACUGGUGACACAAAUCAGCAGUCGGCAUGCAGCGGCUAUGAUACGACAGUGAGCAGUUAUGAACAAACGUUGGGGAUGCAACCACCUCCACCGCUACCAACAGAUUCUUCAAACAAUGUUUCUGCCUUGUCUCAAGUUUCCAGCGACAGCUCGGUAUCUACCAUAAAUUGCAGUAGUGUAUCAACUACGACGACAAACCUUAAUAACACCACCAUAUUAUCGACUCGUAACUCACCUUGCAGUCCACCGAGCCAUCAGCUAGGUAUACCCAACGACGGUAGUGGUAGAAGCAGUGAAGCAGCUAGUACCAUACACAAUUACUCUCAACUGGGAUAUGGCUAUGCAGCGGCCACUGCUGCCUCUGCAGUAUGCAAUAAUAGUGGCGGUCCCACAGUCAUGGGCACUGGCCUUUCCUCAACAAGCUCACAAAACCAAGUUGGAAAGCAGCAGCAGUUUUUCGCCUCAUGCUUUUAUUCACCAUGGGUUUAAGAGGAAUAUACAACAUUAGUCAUGCCCAACGCUCAAAGUGGUUUUAAAUAAGUUUAUAAAUAUAUCAAUGAGUUGUUCCAAUACAUAAAGCUCAACCCAAGGUUAUUGAGAUAAUACAAUUUUUGAAUUCGAUCUCUUUAAACAAAAAGGCUAUAGAAUACUUUUGGCAUAUUCGAGAAAUCAAUAAACAUAUUAAUGUACGUAUUAUUAGAGAAAAUGAAUACGAUGGGGUUUUAGUUUGAAAAAUCCAUACAGUCGUAAUAAUAAAUAAAAUUCUAUAGAAAAAACGCAGAAAAAAA